AUGAUGCUCGGCCAAGAAAGGACCGGCAAAGAAGAGAAAAGAAACGCGGCGCGGCCAAGAAAGGGCCGGCCGGCCGCACUCUCGAAUCUGUUGGCGGUGACUCGAUCGGGCUGGAUGAGGAGGCGAGCGGGUGGGGUUUCACAGGACGAAGAAGGUAAUGGGAGGGGGAUACGAGCCGACGAUGGAUGGGGUUUCACAGGAGGAAGAAGGUCGGUGGGGUUUCAAGUGCCAUGCACUCCGAUUUGGGUCGGAUUGGCGGCGGCGGAGAAGAUCGGGGAAGGGGAUUCGAGGGGGUGGGGUUGA